AUGUGCUGGGCAGUCGUGCACUUGCUGAUGCUGAUGACGCUCGGCUGUCCGUCUGGCGCCGAAAAUGAGACAUCUGUUUCUUGCCCUGAACGCCAGAAGGCCUUCAAAGGCUCGUGCUUCGAGGUUGUGGGCCUCCGGCGCUCGUUUUUCGGUGCUCAAGCCUGGUGCGAGGAGAGAGGAGGACACCUCGCCUUCAUCCCUGAUGAAGACACCCAACGUUUCCUUCAGAGGCUCCUGGACUCCGGUGAGGACAUGUGGCUGGGGCUGGCGACGUCCUCCAGUGCAUAUCAGCAAGAAACUGUGUCAAGUGAAGGUCCUCUGUCCUGGCUGGAUGGAUCACCUGUCACCUACUCAAGGUGGGUGAGCAGCCCACAGCCAGACGCGGCUUGCGGACACAUGUUGAAAAACUCUGGCUUCCAGUGGGAAGCCACCAGAGACUGCAACAAACCGCUGCAUUUCGUCUGCCAGUCCGAGUUUGGGAGGUCCAUUGCGUGUGCGGAUCAUAACACCAGUCUGCGGUGCGGCCUUGGUCAAGUGAUAAUGAUAGACGGCGGCUUCUACGGUCGUAAGAACAUCCAUUACUGUCGGGCCCGACUCCCUCCGUCAUCAUCCAAACAACAACAUGAGUGCGGCUGGGUGGAUGUCGCAGAAUCAAUAACAGCUCACUGCCAGGGCCGGCAGAUCUGCCAGAUUGGCGACGUUAUGAGCUCCCUCAGAGAAACGUGUCCUGGGCUGAGGAGCUACCUGUCUGUGGACUACCACUGCAGAGAUGGACUCACGCUGUCAGUGAACGCCACGGCUGCUGUGUUGGAUGACGUCACCAUCCGAGUGAAAUGGCUCCUACAUUUCCCCCAGGAGAACUUCAGCUGCAAGCUCAGUACUGGAGAUGGCCGCGUCAUUUAUCGGCAUAGUCCAGCGGGGUUUCAGAGUGGUACAAAUGUAGCCUACAGAAUCCAAAAGGAUGGAAAGUUGUUGUCUGGUUUAUCUGUGGCCAGAGGAAAUGUGCCCCAAAACAUAACACUGAAUACAGAAACGGUGAAGCAGCUCGGGCCAGGCUGCCACCGCCUGAGACUUUACGCUUCUAACGUGGUCACAACAGCUCAAGUGUCCACAGACCUGCAGGUGUGUAUUUUGGAGAAAAUAGUCGGGCUCCAGGCCACCAUGCUGACAGAGAGGAAUGACUGUUCAGAGCCUGCAGAUGUGGCUCUUGGUGUUUCCCUUGAGCAGGGAGCGCCUGUGGUGCUCUUCUUCUUUCUGACCGGAGAGAAUAGCUCCUACUCUGAAACCAAAGAAAUGAACACAAGGAAGGACAUCUUUCACAUUGGACACCCAAUUCAAGGGCCUGUAGAAGUCACGCUCAGAGCAUGGAACGUCUUCUCAUCUCUGGAAGUGGAUGUGGAUACAUAUGCUUCCUGCAAAAAGGAUUCAGUCGUUAAACUAAAUGGUCAUUAUGACCGUUUCUUAAGACUUAACAGGAAAACGGUUCGGGACACCUCCGAAGAUGAUCUCAAAGAAACCGUAAAGAAUGCUGUAGAUGAGCAAAAGGAACUAGGUCUACUGUCAGGAGAAACUAUAGGACAACUCAUCAACUCUGUGGCCAAUAAACUGAAUGAUCCAUCUGAUAGUUCACCUAAAGAUUAUAGAGAAGAGCUCCGUGCGAUGAUGGUGCGCAUAAUGACUGAUACGAUAAAUGAAGUCCCCACGAGCACCCCAGGAGAAGUUCAAGUGGUUGCCAGAGGACUCAGCGCUAUCGUUGAGAAAGGCGCUGAGCUCAGUCUCUCUGUACAGGAGGAGUCUUCAUCGUUGUUCCAGAACCUCAGCUCAUCUCUCCUCCACAUGAACAUCAGCAACUGUGAAGAAAACAAGAACGAAAUGUACACUGCAGCGAGCAUCAUCGUGAGGGGAGUGAGUGACAUCAUGGACUAUUCUUCCACUAUGCUGAGCUUAGAAAAAAACCCAUUUUCUUGGAAUGAGAGAGGGAACAUCAGUGGCCUAACAGGCGCUCUGUCCCUCACAACAAAGGACGGGUCCAGUAUCCCUGUGGAGAACUUAAGUGAGGAUAUUGAGAUUCUGUUGCCAACGCCUGAUGGAGAGCAAGUGAACACCUCUGUUCUGGACCUGGGGAACUACAGCACGACGAUCAUAGACAUCCCUUCGCCUGACACCACCCUGGUGUUAAAGAUGUUGCCUUCAAAGGACCCUUUACCCUUCAAACUGUUCCUUGGUUAUAUGGACUAUCCCAGUGAGACGCAUUACGCAGCAAUGACAGAGAUGCCUCAGCAGGGAACUACUCAAGAGGAGAGAUACACAUGGAUACUGGACCCCAAGCAUUUAAAGGGCAACACUGGAGUGCACUAUCUUGUGGUGAGGCCCAUAGUGGGUCCAGGCAUAAAAUCCAUCAAUGCCAGUUUAUCAAUCACCCCCAUCACAGCCGCUUGCAAAUUUUGGAAUGAAUCACGUCUGGAGUGGAGCGAUUACGGAUGUAGAGUUGGGGCCAGCACCACACCGUCAGUCAUCCAGUGCCUCUGCAACCACCUCACCUUCUUCGGGACCUCUUUCUUUGUCACGCCCAACCUUGUUGACCCGUCACGCACCGCUGAGCUGUUUGCCAACUUUGCAGAGAAUCCUGUGGUCGUCUGCUUCGUGGGGGCACUCUUCGUGACUUACCUCUUGGUGGUUGUGUGGGCCAGACGGAAAGACAUCCAAGACACAGCUAAGGUGAAGGUUUCAGUGCUGGAGGACAACGACCCAAUGGAUGAGUACUGCUACCUGCUGAUUGUCAGUACCGGGCAUAGAAUAGGAGCCUCCACUUCCUCUCAGGUGGCAGUGACCCUGCUGGGAGCAGAAGGAAUCAGUGAGCCCCACCACCUGACAGAUAAAGAUAAAUGUGUGUUUGAGAGAGGUGCGGUGGACAUGUUCUUGCUAUCUACUCCCUUCUCCCUGGGAGACCUGGAAGGCAUCAGACUGUGGCACAACAACUCAGGGAGCCAUCCGGCCUGGUAUGUAGGCAACAUCAUGGUCCAAGAUUUACAGACAGAACAGAAAUGGCAUUUUCUGUGCAACUCCUGGCUGGCAAUAGACAUGAGUGAUGGCUCCAUCGACAAAGUUUUCCCAGUGUCGACAGAGAUGGAUCUGAAAAGGUUCAGUAAUUUGUUCUUCACGAAGACAAUAAAGGAUUUCAAUGACGGACACCUCUGGUACUCUGUGAUCAGCCGACCAGCCGGCAGCUCCUUCACUUGUGUACAAAGGGUCUCCUGCUGCUUCUCCCUGCUGCUCUGUACCAUGCUGACCAGCAUCAUGUUUUACGGGAUCCCAACAGACCCCUCUGAGCAAACCUUGGAUCUCGGAGCGUUUGAGUUUACCUGGCAGCAGUUCAUGAUUGGUGUCCAGAGUUCCCUCAUUAUGUUUCCAGUAAAUAUCCUCAUAGUUAGCAUCUUCAGAAACACUCGUCCUCGAGAGACAUCUUGUUGCCGGCGCAAAUUGAAACAGCCGGAUCCCCUGGAGCAGGAGAGCGUUUUGCAUACUGUGUCCUCGCAGAUCAGUACCACCAACAUGAAUGCCAAUGCCACUUUAGACAUUAUCAUUAAGGAUAUUACAAGAAUCGCUUGCACACUCUCCAAGACAGUAAAAAGCAACCUUCCAUGCUCAGAGUCUGAGUUUGGCCCUGGACAGCAAAAUGAUAUCAAAGCCAUCCUUUCUGUUUUGGAGGACUUCAUCAAGCAGAAUAAUAAAAUCAGUGACAACGCCCAGUCAAAAACACAGCCUCAGCUACCAGAACGCAGCGCUUGCGUGCAUCCAGUGUCAACAGAGGAGGGGGCGCAAAAGAACAACAACAAAACCCACUAUCUGUACCGGCAGCUGUGUCACAUCGACAGGGAGCUGAGUCUGCUCGGACCCUCCGCCUUCCCCACACCACAAAGCUACAGCCAGGCCCUGCAGCAAGUUCAAGGCAUGAAGGAGUUGCUUGAAGACAAGCUCUUUGCCUCCAACAGCGUCAACAAAAAUGAACUUACACACAAAAAGUCUGGUUCUGCAGACAACUCUGAUGGUAGUCAAAAAAAAGGGGCGUGCUGUCAUGGAGGGCUGCCCUGGUGGUUCAUUUUUGUCGGCUGGCUGCUUGUGAUCACAACCAGCGUUGUAUCAGGAUAUUUCACGAUGCUGUACGGGUUGAAAUUUGGGAAGGAGCGCUCCAUAAGCUGGCUGGUAUCCACGAUUGUCUCCUUCUUUCAGAGCCUCCUCCUCAUUCAGCCGCUGAAGGUAGUCUUUCUCGCCAUCUUCUUUGCACUUGUAAUAAAGAAAGUGGAUGUGGACGAUUUUCAAAACGUGGCGAUUGUAAGAACCAACAGAAAUCUAGGUGAAGAGUACAUACCCCUCAGCUACAUUUUUUUUCUCUUUAUAGUGCGGGACGGCGGUAUCUACGCACCACCUCCUGCUGCACACAUUGAGAAAAUGAAAAGAGAUAAGAUUUUGGAACGGAAAGCUUUUGCGCUCAUCUGGGAGAUUUUAAUCUACAUGGGAUUCAUGUGGAUGUUGCUCCUGGUUGCAUAUGGCCAGAGAGAUCCCAAUGCUUUCUUCCUGAACCAGCACAUUAGGGAUAGCUUCAGCGCAGAGAUCUCAGACAGCAUGAGCCUCAAUGACGUGUUCACUUGGGCCAACACAUCUCUACUCAGUAACCUCUUUGGAGUUUAUCCAGGAUUCAUCACGGAUGGGAACUCUAAGCUGGUGGGUAAUGCCCGUCUUCGUCAAGUGAGAGUGCAGAGGGAUUCCUGUCAGACUGCAGACGCCAUGCGUGAGUUCGUGGCAGACUGCCAUGCCGCAUAUUCAUGGGAAAUGGAGGACAUGGGCUCCUAUGAGCCUGGCUGGGACGGCACCGUGGGGGAUAAUGUCUCUAUGAACGCCUCUAGUCCCUGGAAAUACCAGACACAGGCUCAGCUCAGAGCAUACCCUAUCUGGGGCAAAAUGGUGCUGUACCGGGGAGGAGGCUUUGUAGUGGAGCUUGGCCCUGAUUUACAAAGUGCCAGCAGCACCCUUGAGUAUCUGUUCUGGAACAAAUGGCUGGAUGUGUACACAAGGGCCAUCUUUGUCGAGUUCACUGUUUACAAUGCAAAUGUGAACCUCUUCUGUAUCGUCACACUCAUGCUGGAGACCACAGCUGUAGGAGCAUUUCAGUUCCACAGUGAGCUGCACAGUAUUCGUCUUUACCACUCAACUGGAGGCCUCCUCAUCUUCGUCAUGACAGCUGAGGUUGUUUAUUUGCUCUUUAUCCUCUAUUACAUGUUCCGGCAGGGCAAAUUAAUGAAGCAGCAGCGAUGGGCGUACUUCAAGAACCAGUGGAACCUCCUGGACUUGAUUAUUAUCUUACUGAGCUGGAGCGCUGUGGCUGUCUUUACCAAGAGGACUCUGCUGGGGAACCGCGAUAUGACCUACUACCAACUGCACAGAGACCACUUUCCCAGUUUUCAUGAGACAGCCGUGGCCGACUCUACGCUCCAGUACCUCAUCGCCUUCCUGGUCCUGCUCUCCACAGUCAAACUGUGGCACCUGCUCAGACUGAACCCCAAAAUGAACAUGAUCACAGCUGCCCUGCAGCGAGGCUGGAAUGACAUCUCCAGUUAUAUCGGGAUCCUUAUGAUCAUGUUUGUGGCAUACUCCAUUGCAUGCAAUCUGAUCUAUGGCUGGAAGAUAUCAUCUUAUAAAACUUUGUCGGAUGCUCUUGUGACUAUGAUCAGUUUGCAGAUAGGCAUCUUUAACUAUGAUGAGGUCUUGAACAGCAGCCCUCUGCUUGGUGGAUUCAUCAUUGGUACAUGUGUUAUGUUCAUGACAUUCGUGGUGCUCAAUCUCUUCCUGACAGUGAUCCUGACAGCAUUCAGCCAGGAGCAAAUACACCACAAGCCCUCUGAGGAGGAGGAGAUUGUUGACGUGAUGCUGAAGAAAAUCUUCAGUCUCUUUGGGAUCAGAUAUAAAGUUAAGGAAGACGCCCCAGGGCCAGAGACUUCAGAAGUGCAAUGACAGCCGAAAUAUCCCUAACACUUCCUCAGUUGAUGUGAAUGUUUUUACCACUUCUGACGGUAAACUUCUAGGGAGAUAGAAGUUUGUUUUAUGUAAUAAUACUGCCAUGUUCGUCUGUGCAUGCUCAUUAUUCUUUGCUUGCUUCCUUCUUUGAGGUCAAAGCAUGCCGUGCUGCUUUGUGAAUAUGGUGCGAUAGAUAAUUAUCACGUACAGAAAUACACUGCUGCUUGUAAGGAUGAGUCUAAUUUUUAUAUUUAUUUAGGGAAUACCUCAAAAUACAUUGUUUUGCCCUCGAUAAUGUUACUCUGAAGGCACUACAAAAAAGUUCCACACUUCAAUACAUACAGUACGUUAAAUCACUUAAAUGAUUGGCUCCUAAUGAGGAAACAGAUAGGUGACACAGUGUAGAUGACCCACAGAUUCAGUGACAGUGUCUUUCCACUUAAGGGCUCAAAGCUUUCCAAUUCAAAUGUAACUCUUGAGAUCAACUCCUUUUAACUUUGAUCUGCUAAAAUUGGCAAAGAAAUGUUGAAGUACUAUCCCACAUACAGUAUGUCCAUUUAACAGCUUUUCCCUCAACUUUUGUUCAGUCACAUACAGUACGAGCCUCUGAAAAUAGGGUGCUGUGUAUGAAAAUGUUUGUAAUACCUACAGAUCUCCGUCAAGAUGAGAGUCUGCAUUUUAAAGUAUGUUUUGGAAAGCAGGCAAAUAAUAAAAAAGUAACAUAAUAAAUGGAUUUUUAUGUAUGCUACCCUAUCGCUGUGAUUUGAGCCUUAGCCCCAUUCAUUUCAUUAGCUGAUUGAUACAUGGUUGGUAGACCGUGUCACUUGUAAUCAUUAUCUGGUCUCGCUCAAUAAAAUGCAAACAGUGGCUCACUAUCUGUCAUUGGUGGUCGGCAGCCUGAUGUUACUGCUACUCCUAAAAACAGAAACAGUAGAAUAUAAUACAUUGAUGUGAAAUAAAGGGAGGGUUCAUCUGCAAAUUAUAAAAUUCAGAAAUUACCAAGAAAUCAUAAUCUAUGAUUCUGUGUACAUUCA